AUGAAACUACUUAUUAGUAAGCUUCUAUUCUACUUACAAGAAAAGUGGCGAAAUGUUGUGUACGAGCUCAAAGACAAAGAUGAAGUUGUGAAGUUUGAGAACUUAGUGAAGUUCGUACGUAUGGAAGCUAAAAAGGCUAACGACCCUGUCUAUGGGAGAGAAGUGAUGAAUAGAUCAACAUCUUUGAAACAUGCACAUAAUGAAAAACCAACCACAUUCUCAAAACCAAAAAUGAACUUUGCAACCAAAUAUGUAGAGUCUCAUCUAUCUGCAAUCAAUAAUGCAUCUGAGCAACCUAGAUCACCUACAUGUGUGAAACCAUGUAUUCACAGUCAAUGCAUCUCACAUGCAUUGGAAGAGUGUCGGAACAUUAUGAAGCUAACUCUAAAGGAUAGAUAUGUGGUGUUGAAGUCAAAAGGAUUAUGUUUCUCGUGUUUGAGAUCUAUACAUCUUAAAGGAGCUUGUCAACAGAAAUCUUACUGCGUCCAUUGUAAGAAUUGUCACCCAUCUAUACUUCAUGUGAAUCCUCGACAAAGCAAUGAAAACCCAUUAGCUGUUAGUACAACUGAUCGAAACAACAACAACCUUACAGUACCAUCUGCGGCCGUAUCUUCAACGGCGCAUAUGGGGGAUGGGAACUCAGUGAGGCAAGCACUUCCAGUAAUACCUAUGCGACUGAAAUCAAGAAACAGCGAACAAUUUGUUACUACUUAUGCUUUCUUGGAUUUUGGGAGUACAGCGACAUUUUGUACAGAGGGAAUUGCAAGAGCACUUCACUUAGAGGGCAAAAAGACUGUGCUUAACUUAACAACUAUGGAACAGCAGAGAACAGAAAACGGUUACAUUUUCUUUAACCUUGAAAUGAGUGAUUUGAAUGGUGAUAACACAAUUGAAUUGCCGCUUACAUACACUCAACCAAAUUUACCUAUAUCUAAGGAAAACAUUGUUACAUCCAAGGACCUACAAAGAUGGCCACAUUUGUGUGACAUUGGUAUUGAUACCAUAGACAGUGAUGUUGGUUUGUUGUUUGGUGUUAAUGUUCCUAAAGCAAUGAACCUUUGCGACAUGAUUUCUAGUGUUGACAAAGGUCCAUUUGCUGUAAAGACGUUGUUAGGAUGGGUAAUUAAUGGACCACUUGAUACAAAACCUGAGAAUGGUACUUACAAUACGUAUGCCACAGUCAACCGUAUAGACGCAAGAUUAGAGGAGCAAGUACGAUAUCAAUUCAAUCAUGACCUUUGUGAAAGAGCGAUUGAUGAUGUUCCAGAACCAUCGAGGGACGACAAAAGAUUUCUCGAAUUUGUGACAAAUUCAGUUCACUUUGAAAAUGGACAUUAUGUCAUUGGUCUGCCAUUCAAAUCGGAAACCGUGAUAAUGCCAAACAACAGAAAACAAACAGAACAGAGACAAAAGGUACCCAUUGAGGACUUAAAUCGAGAUGGUGGACAUGUGUGGUAUUUGCCACACCAUGGUGUAAUACACCCCAAGAAGAAAAAACUUCGAGUUGUGUUUGAUUGUGCAGCGAGGUUCCAAGGGACUUCACUAAAUGAACAAUUGUUACAGGGCCCUAACUUGACAAACACACUCAUUGGGACUUUGCUGAGAUUUGGAGAGGAAGAGAUUGCUGUUAUGGGGGAUACCGAUAGUAUGUUUUACCAAGUACGUGUUCCCCAACAAGAUGCUACUUUUCUACGAUUUCUCUGGUGGAAAGAUGGAACUCCUUCCAGUAGUAUUAUUGAAUACCAGAUGGUUGUGCAUCUGUUCGGAGCCACAUCAUCACCCAGUUGUGCCAACUUCUGUCUUCGAAAAACAGCUCAAGAUUGUACAGGACAUUUUAUUGACGAGAUAAUAAAGACAGUCUUUCAGAAUUUCUAUGUUGAUGAUUGUCUCAAGGCAGUGAUUUCAGUAAGAAAUGCUGUGACAUUGGUGAAAGAUCUACAGGGACUGUUGAAAAGUGGAGGAUUUCAUUUAUCGAAGUGGAUCAGCAACAGUCGAAAGAUCAUGAAUUCCAUACCAGUUGCUGAUAGAACCAAGAAGGUCAAGGAUUUGGAUCUUGACUGUGAUACUCUACCAAUAGAGCGAGCUCUGGGAGUCCAGUGGUGUGUAUAUUCUGAUAUCUUUCAGUUUAAAUUGGACUUUAACAAGAAACCACUUACAAGACGAGGACUUUUGUCAAUGGUAAGCAGUGUGUUUGAUCCACUGGGAUUUUUAGCUCCACUAUUACUCAAGGCCAAAGUCAUUCUACAGGAAUUGUGUAAACUUCAGUUUGGAUGGGACGAUAAGAUGCCAGAUGACCUUGUUAUACAGUGGAAUAAUUGGUACCAGGAUCUUCAGAAACUGAAAGACAUCAAAGGAAACAGAUGUCUCAAACCCCGUGGUUUUCAUCCAUACUUGGUACAGUUACAUCGUUUUUCUGAUGCGAGUGAAACUGGAUAUGGUACAGUGUCCUACUUGUGUAUGGAGAAUGCACUUGGUGAACGUCGUUGUUCCUUUAUUAUGGGCAAAUCUCGUGUUUCACCACUGAAGCAAACGACUAUUCCGCGAUUGGAGUUGACAGCAGCUACUGUAGCAGUCAGAACCAAUAAGAUGUUACUUAGAGAGUUAGACAUUCAUGUUGAUCGUGUUAUGUACUGGACUGACAGCAUGGCCGUUCUACGAUAUAUACAGAACAGUACAGCAAGGUUUCACACUUUUGUCGCCAACAGGCUAGCAGUGAUCCACGAAGGGUCAUAA